UUGACAAUAUGAAGGCCACCUUUUUUGUAAUAUGUUAUUGCUGGCCACUAAUAAAUUGAAGAAAAAAAAAUGUCAAACAUGCCAGUUUGUGUUAUCUCCACGUUAUCUCUAUAAUAAUUUGGUUGAAUGCGUUGUUAGACGUAACAAUGGGACAUCAGAUCAGCGCCCUAUUCUCGGGCCUGGGAAGGUUUUUCGAAUACCCGGUGAAGCGGAAGCCGAUUUGUUUUUAUAGACAGGAGGAUUUUACUGCUACAGGCGAGCCACACAAGAAAGUUUCCGACGCACAGAAGAUGCCGAUGACAGAUUACGAUAAGCUAGUAGAUUUAUUCUACAAGAGAUUAGCGGAACAACGGCAAUACAAUCAAGAGAUGAAAGAAAAGGAUCGCAGAUGGAGCAUACAGAAGGUGGUGAACCGUUUCCCGGGCUGGAACGAAGUCACCAUCGCCAACUUGCACAGUUUGUUCCUGCUCUUUGACAACCAGUCGAACGGCAUGCUAGCAUUCGAUGACUUUGCAGUGUUGGAGAGCCUAGGAGAUGACAGCACCAUAGAGGUGCGGAAAGAAAAAUUUCACGCCGCGGACACGGACGGAGACGGCUGGAUUACGUACGAUGAGUUUUUGUUGCUUGUUUACAACUUCCAUCCUCGAGAUGAAGAUCAGUUGACAGGCUUAGCGCUACUGUGCAACGAAGUCGCCGACAACAUUCAAUUCGUCAGCAACUUGACUGUAGGCGAGCAAUUAGAAUAUGGAUUGUUUUAGUUAAAAUAGUAUAGCAUAGUACAAAUAAUUGUUUUAUUUUCUUAUAA